AUGAAUGGAUGCUCUGACUCGGAGCCCCACCUCCACCGAACCCUCAAGAUAACCCCGACACCCGAACCGAUGUGGCACAUGCCUACGCCACAAACGACCGCGUCGUCGCCACCGCACCCACCGCGCCGCGCCGCGCGCCACGGUCGGAACGAUGGGGAAAUCGGAAGAAAUGACGAGCGAGGGGGGAGGGAGGGAGGGGAGAGGGGGACCGAGGGGAAAGGCUACCUAGCCGCUUGGAUACAUGGGUACAUGUGUUACGUUGAGAGUGGAGACGUUGGUGGUGGUGGUGGUGGUGGUGAUCCUUCGAGGGGGAGGGAUCGGGAGAAGAGGGGAGGGAAUGGAUCAUCAACACCUUCAACACCUCCAACCAACACCCACACCAUUUCACAUCUCAGUUCACACCGUUCAUCAUCCUCUCAUACCCUGCAGGUCUCAAACACCAACCGACUCAUCACCAAAACAGCGAUACAGAAAGACAUCAACAGACAUAAAGAUAUAGAUCGAUAG